AUGGAUGCUCGCAUCGCAUCUGUCCGUGACUUCAUCCACUAUAUCAAACCACGCAUCUUACAGUCAGACUCCAUCGUGCCCAUCACGGAUCCUUACGGCCCCAGCGUGGUGGAUCCAGACAUGAGGUGCAUUGUGGUCAGUGAGGAGACCAAGAAAGGUGGAGAUGCUGUCAAUAGGGUCAGACAGGAAAAGCACAUGGCCGUGGAUGUGGUCAACGUGUACGCUCGUUGGACUUCCAUUUGUGGCUGGGUGGUCCAAAGUACAAUGGGCCGUGCACAAUCUAAAGCAGCCUGCCAGACUGCUGUUCCUACCAUGAUGCAACAGGAGGCACAGGUACCCACCCCCUCAGCUGCAACAGAUUCCCCACAACGAACUGGAGCCAUUGUCAACAUACAUGUAGGCACAGUCAGCGGUAGCCACUGCCCUAUCAUUGCUGGUUCAAGUGGUGUUAGUUUCACUCACAGCUUGCCGUCGGAUGCAGCAGGAGUACCUCCGCAGAGUCUGAGACCAGACCAAGAUCCAACAGUGGGGGAUCUCAACCAAGAAGUCGGUAACAAGACCAGGGACAUUUUGAGGACAUGUUACAAGACAACGGGGAGUUAUGUUCAGUUGAACCCUGGGGUUCCUGACGAUCAAAGACCCAUUGUUGGCAUUUACACUAAAUUGCGGGUUAGAACAAAGAAAGGUACUUUAGAAGAAGAAUACUCUGAGGAAACUGUAUAUUCCACAGAGUAUGAGAAAAUAUUGAAAGAUUGGCCUGAGACUGAGUUCAAUCGUGCUAUUUUAUUUGGCAUUGGGGGUGUCGGGAAGUCAACCAUUUUUGACAAAAUUGCAUAUGACUGGGCUGAUGAGGUAUGUGAAAUCCUGAAAAGAUUCAAGCUUGUCUUUCUUUUAAAGAUGUGUGCCCUGUUCCAAGAAUCUGAUCUUGUUGAUUCCAUUUUCGAUCAACUUUUAGGCGUAAAGUCAGGAGUUGCCAAAGAUGAACUUGAUCAAUAUAUUCAGGACAACUCAAAUAAGGUCUUGAUACUUUUGGAUGGUUUUGAUGAAAUGAGGACCAAAACACUUGAUGCAGCCUCAUUCGGCUUUAUCCUAAAAGCGCUCAAUAGAACAGAAUACAGGAAGUGUUACAUGUUUGUCUCAACCCGCCCCUCUCAUCUUGAGACACUGAUGUCAAAAUCACUUGUCCAAAAUCCUUGCACACACGUAGAGGUUCUGGGGUUUACCAAGGAAGAUGUUAAUGAAUACAUUCUGAAAUUCUGUUACAAAGAUCCUGAUAGUGGCAAUGCACUGAUCCAAAAGAUUGCGAAGUCCAACACAUUGAGUGAUUUUGCAACAAAUCCGAUGCUUCUCCUUCUCAUGUGUCAGAAGUCCAGGUGUCACAACUGGCAUGCAUUGAAACCAUGA